AUGUGCGAUGGUGCUCGCGCGCAUCGCCGCCGCUGCUCUCUUUCUGUGCGCACUCUGUGCGCUGGCGUGCGCCGAGAACCGCGCAAGCUCUGGCUGUAGCGCCGUGAGACAGGCGUACAGAGAGAUGGGCUUCAGCUCCGGGACCGUCCCUGAGAAUGCAACGGAAGGUGACCACCUGCAGGUGUGUGAACAGAACUGGACGUGCUGUAGCACAGAAAUGGAGCAGAAUUUCAUUGGGAGGAGUAAGCACGAGUUUGAGAAGUUCAUAGAAGAGGCAACUGAAGACUUGAGGAACACGUUUGAGUCCAGAUAUAAAAGGUUUGAUGAUUUCUUCCUGGAGCUCCUGGAGAAAACUGAGCGCUCUCUCAAUGAGAUGUUUGUCCGUACUUACGGUGAUCUGUACACGCAAAACGCUGAUGUUUUCCAGCGACUGUUUUCUGAACUGAAACAUUAUUAUACUGGUGGAAACGUGAACCUGGAGGAAAUGAUUAAUGAUUUCUGGACCCGUCUGAUGGAGCGCAUGUUCCAGCUCCUUAACUCACAGUACGACAUCAAUGACGAUUACAUGGAGUGUGUGAAUAAGCACAUGGAUGACCUCAAACCCUUCGGUGAUGUGCCCAAAAAGGUCAAAGCUCAAGUGUCGCGGGCAUUUGCCAUCGCUCGAACUUUUGUCCAGGGACUUGGAUUUGGACAGGAAGUGGCUACCAGUGCAUCCAAGGUUAACAUGAGUGCGGAGUGUGUAAGCAAUAUCACUGAAAUGCUUUACUGCCCAUACUGCCAGGGAGUGACGAUGACGAAGCCCUGCAAAGAUUACUGCCUUCAUGUCCUGAAGCUCUGUUUAAGGCAGCAAGUUGGGAUGGAUGACAACUGGAUGCGAUACAUCGAUGUGAUGUUGCUGCUGAUUGAAAGACUCGAAGGGCCGUUCAAUAUCGAGUCUGUCAUGGAGCCAAUUGAUGUAAAAAUUUCAGACGCCAUCAUGACUAUGCAAGAAAAAACCAUGGAGCUGUCAUAUGAAGUGUUUCGUGGUUGUGGUCAGCCAAAGCUUUUGGAAAAGGGCAGAGUUUCCCGUGAUGUCUCAGGCAAAUUUGAUGCCAGAUUUACAAUGACAGAGUCUACUGGUACAAAUCUCCAAAAACUGGUAACGGACAUUAAGGGGAAGCUUUCACAGUUUAAAACAUUCUGGUCAUCGCUGCCUGAGUUUGUGUGUCAGGAUGAAAAUGUAGCAGCAAGACCAGAUGAGACAAACUGUUGGAACAAAGAGAAACAAGGCUGGAACAUCUCGGACAUCUUCGACGAAGAGUUUAUAGAUUUUCCAGUGAUGCUUAGCACACUAAAGCACGCUUUUAAUGGCUACCAGUCACACUACGAUGACUCCAGUGAUGAGAUGAGUGGAUCAGGAAGUGGGAGUGGCUGCAUGGAGUCGUGUCUUCCUCCGACUCCCCCUUUCAUCACCGAAAAGCCAAAGACAGAAUGGUCCGCCACCUCACGCCUCCACCAAUGCAACAUUCUUCUUCUUCUUCUUCUGUUGGUUCUGUCCAUCCUCACAUCUCUCAACCAGCAGAGAUAAUACACACUUUUACUGUGUAUCAGCAUAAGUUGGAUUGAGGACUCCAGGAUGAAGGAAGUGAAACUGACUUUAUGGAUGUUUACUUUCUUCAUGUCCACUUCAUUUUUUUCCAUUACAGAGUCUUUGGUGGCAUCCUUUUUUAUUUUCAUGUAAUAACCACUAC